AUGCAUGCCACAACCAGAUUCAAAAUCAAACCUUGAGAUAUAGAAUGCAGCGUCCGAGAGAAAUGGCAAGCACUAAGACUCAUGCACUGGUCUUGGCAUGGUUGCUGGCAGUUGGAGCCCGAUUUUUGGGUGACCACAAGGUCUCAGCCCAGUGUGGAGGUAGCUUUGUUGACAUUGAAGCCCAGUGCUCUCAAUUCGUUCAUAAAACAGGGCCGAAAACACCUCCCUCUCUGGGGUGUUGUCAAGUGGUCAAGACUUUGAACGUCAAUUGUGUUUGCCGAUUUGUGACACCACAAGUGGAAGCGAUGAUUAGCAUGGAGAAAGUGGUCUAUGUUGCUCGAACUUGUGGAGUUACGGUCCGAGCUGGAACGCAAUGUGGAAGUUACGUCGUUCCUCCUCUUGUUUGAGAUGAAGAAUAUACAGGAGAUGCCAUGCCUGAAAUCUAAUAACUAAAACCCCCUCAAUAAAAGCCCAGAUGUAUGGCAGAAACAUUUCCUAUCUUUAAUAUUAUAUAGUUUCACAUUAAAAACAUCGAGUUUUCUGUUCCUCUUACCUGUAAGAAAGAUCGCAUAAAUCUAGCUCACUAUUAGUCUCAUUGAGUAAAUUAUGUGAAAUUCGUUACGAGAUGAUUGUGGGAUUUA